UUCAUUGUCCUUUGUCCUUGGGAGGAAAAACAAAAUGUCCUUGGAGCCGGGAGGGGGAGGGGGCGCUGGCUCCCUCUGCCCCCCCUUUCCCCCCCCGCCGGUCGCUGAGGGGACCUGCGGGUACCCUCGGGGACCCCCGCCCGUGCCCGACACCGGACUGGGUUGGAGGGGAGCGGCGGGACAAGGGGCGCCCCAGUGACCCUCGGCGACUGCGGGCGCUCCCUUCCCUCUCCUGCAGCACCCGGGAGGCUCCGCACGCCCCGUCCUCGGUGCAGCCCCGGGGGGAGCAGCGGCGGGUUUUGGCUCCCCUGUGCAGCACCGAGCAUAGGGGGGGCUGCAGACCGAUUCCCCCCAGCGCAGCGUACAAGGGGGGUAUCUGCAAAUCAGCCUGGAACUCCAAUGCAGCACUGGAGGGAGGGGGGAGAGGUGAAGGCUGUACGACGGCAUCGCUGAAAUGUUUAGCCCCGUGUCUGUGUAAAGAGCGUUUCUUGCCCGUCGCUGGUCGGAUGGGGAUGUGUUUUCGUAGUUUCUAAGAACAAAGACGCCAUGUCCUUUUCUCUUAAAAAUAAAACUUGGAGUGUUUUUUUGGUGGGGUGUUGGCUUUUAACUCUUUGUAAACCAGUAAGGCAGAAACAGGCUGCGGAUGAGACAGAUUGGUACUUUAUGGAACAAUAGAGAGAAAUUGACUUCACUGGAGAAACAGCAAUUCAGGUGUAGAAGUUUUAAAAAAACCUCUUAGGAAUUACGUGCAGAUUUGAUUUUGCAAUUAAAACGGCAACGUACAAACUUAAAAGCUUGAGAAAAACAAAGCUCGGUCAUGCCAAGUCUACAGUUUAAAGUUGGCGAAAUACUACAGUUGUGAUUUAGGCGACACUACAAAAAGAAAAGAGAGUUACUUAAAUUCGAAUUGCACGAUAAGGAAACGGAUGACUUUCUGUCUGACAUGUAAAGCUUUAAAAAAAACAUUUAAUGGGUUUCAGGUUUGUUUUUAUAAUUCAGUUAAUACGUUUUUCAGAGACCUCGCAGUUACUUCUCUUUACGAAUCAUUUUAAUCGUUGUUUCGGUGUUCUGAUAAUUUAGAAGUUGUACAACACUAUUGCAAGACUUUUAAAAAAUGCAAGUUUAAAUGCAAUGGCUGACGUUUGUUUUGGGUUGGCUCGCGUUCAGCAAUUACCAAUUUAAGAGUAAAAUCGUAAUUCUAAAUGUAUAAAAAGUCUUUGCAGCAGAACAGGAGGUAAAUACUAAAAACUUUAGUUUUAAUUGGAGAUUGUGUAUAGCCAUAUUUGUUAGAUUUUAGUGUUGUAUGCUUGUGCAAGGUUCUGAAACUCUGCAGAUUUUAAAUACUGCAGUUGGAGGUAAAUCUACAUUUUUCGGUACUUCCUCUGCAAAUAAGAAUCUGUCAUUUCAACGAUUGAAGUUAGCCCUUUUUUUGGAAAUAGAAAUACAAGUUUCAGCAACCAUUGGACUUCCGUCACCUUUAUGCAAAGUGUUUAGUGUCUUUAUUUUAGACUUGGAUUAUGGUGGUUUUAUAACCCCAGCAACAGUUCUGCAGUGUAGAACAGGUUAUGGCAUAUACACUUUGCCCUAAAGAAAGUUCUAGCUUUAGGUGGGUGUCUGCUGGAUUUGUCUUAAGUACAUUAGAGGAUAAUUUUUAAAUAGUUUUGACUGGUUUCUUUCAACAGUGGAAAAUUAAAAUAGCAGGUAGAAUUUCGUGAACAGAAUCGUAUUUCCUGACUGGCUUCCAGAGGAUUCGUUCAUGCCUUAUUUUUCUUAGGCUGUUACUGGAUAUUGUUCUUCCAAAGAUUCAGAUGACUGGUUGGACAAAAGAUCUUGAGCAAAAUUCUGUACUGUGCGUGCCAGAUUGUUGAGGAAUUGAUUUACUCACUGUAAGCAAAAUAUCUGCUCUUGGUUGAAGCACUGAAUCCAUUCAGAUGAAGAGUGUCAAAAGGAGUCUACGAAUGAGACACCAAGAUGGCAGUUCCACUGGGGAUUGAGAGGUUGAGGAAAUGGACUAAUGCAUGAGUGCUGGGAUGUCUGUCCAAGAAAAGGAUGUUAAAACGUGGACUCUCAUGUUAUUAAACCAGAGAAGAUCUGGGUUGUGAUCAUCCUACCAGAAUGGACUUUGCAUUUGAAUUAAUCAGUGACUAUCCAAUGAUGGAUCUGUUUGAGGACUGGGUUGCAAAAUUUUCCUUUUGGGUUGUGUUUGCAUGAUAGGCAAAUUAAUUUGGUAAAAGAUCUGUUGCUACCCCAUUUGAGAAAAUGUAAUUUAUAAAGUGACUUUAAAUAAAAGGUUUUGGUUUAUUUCACACUUUGUGUUUGUCCUUUCUGGCUGAAUAUUUUUUGUUGUGUUGAUAUUGAAGUGGGUCACAUUUUUGGUUGCUAUUAAACUGAGAAAUACUUUAGCAAAGUACUGAAGGCAAGGUAAAAUUUUGUGCUACACUUGAUAUCCAAUGUGGUUUUCAUUUGCAAAUUAUGUUCACUUUGCCAUGACUUUCACUGAAUUUUUAUUCACUGGCUUGUUCAUUCAGGUGCUUAAUAUGAGGGGUUUUCAGUACUUGGCCUAUUGUCAGGGUACUGCUGCUGAACUUUGUGAAGUUAUUUUAAGAUGGAAUUGAUAGCAAUUGAAGGCUGAGAAAAUAUAACAAUAAAGGAGUACUUGAAUGUUUUGUGAAACUUUUUUUAGGUAUGUUCUUGGGUUGUGUGUGGGUACAGAAACUUUUCAACAGAUUUCCUGGACUACAGACUUCCUGAACAGUCACUUCGGUCUUAAAAUUGUUCUGUGCAAAUGUCCAAUCUGCUUCGCUGCUCUUGCAUGUAGCCUUAGUGUCAUGAUAGUGUGCCAUGUGUUUGCUGAGAAAAAAACAAGUUAUUUUUGAUAUUGCUGCAGAUGACAUAUUAACCUUUGCAAAUGAAUUUUGAAAUGGUUCUAAUAUAUGAAGUCAUGAUUUCCUUACAGGUUUCUAGUGGAUCUAAUAAUUUAACCGUAGGCAUUUCUUCUCUUUGUGGUUCACCUGAAACUCAAAGUUGUCUUUGUUUUGUACUGGAGGGCCAAGAUGAUAAACCUGGUGCUGAGAUAACCUUGAAAUUAUCUUUGAAAACCCCAAAAAAAUCCUGUUCAUUGUCUGUUUAACCAUUUGCCUUGCUCAGACUUUCUUGGAAUUACCCAUUUUGCCAUGAUGACUUGCUCAUACCUGUUCCAUCCAGCCAUUUUGGUGGUACCCACUUGGCCCAGUUUGGGUUCACUAUGUAUUUUUAUGGUGGAGUUGGAUACUGGGACCAACCUGAAGCAUUUCUCAUUCAAAUGAGUGGAUUUCCUAAGUGUUACCAAAAAUUGCUUGGAAUGAAUGGUCUUGCAUGGUAGUUUUUUAGUUCUUGCAGUUGAGGUACAAGGAGUCUUCUGUGAAUAAUUGGUAAAGCAGAAUUUUUUUAAAAUGGCUUGUGGCAUUGGAGAGUUCCUAAUGAAACCCCUUGUGGAAAUAGGGUAGAUGGUUGUAGGAGAUAAAUGGCAGGUCUGUGGAGGAAUUAAAGGGGAUGGUGUUGGUUCUACUGGUCAAAGCCAAUGGUUUUGGGCUGUUGAGAUGCUGUGCUGUGGAUGUCCCCAUAGAACCCCAAACUGGCCCAUUGCCCCUUUGUCUUCCAGUGGUCCCCCCAUGGCUGAUGGCUCUGUCUUGUUGUGAUGCUUACGAACAUGCAGAAUGUCCUUGUGCUUUAAGGGGUUGUUUUUGGUUGUGGAAGACAACUGGUAGUCAGAAUGAAGUGGGCAGGGGAUACUUGGAUCACCUCCAUUCCCUUGGUGAUACAUCCUCUCAGUUCCACGAUGUUGUGUUGGAGAUGUGUAUCAAUUGAUUUGCAAUUCUGCAACUUGGCUAUUGUGCAGCUUUCAGUUUAAUUUGUUGUAUUAAAAUCUGUCAAUGAGCAUGAAUGGGUUAAGAAAGUGCAGUAGAAAUAAGCAGUUUGAUGGUGUUGGACUGAGUUGACCAUAGUGCCUUGGCAUAGCUGGUGGAAAUGGUGUGGUUUUUGGAUUGGAGUUGUUGGGGGAAACCACUAGGGAGGCGCUGUGGAGCUGGAGGGCAAUCUCAGCUCUGUGGGGUUGGCUUGGGAGCGGGUGAUGCUCCUGUUCCCCCCUGCCAGUGCCAGCACUGGGGGACAAAGGGGAGAGCUGUUGUCUGGGGAUUUUGCCACCAAACUGGGGGGAAGCUGCCCCUUGGGUGGGGUGACCCCCAGGGUGGGCAGUAGCUGCCUGCAUGGCUGUGAGCUCCACUUCCAUGCCUUCAAAAUGGCUUGUAACAGCACCACUUCCUGUCCAGGGAGGAAGUAAUUUUAGCCCAGGCACUGAAAUAUUUAACAAAUCUUUAAAACAAAAGGCACAAAUUCCAUUUCUUUCUGGCUUCCAAAGGGUGCCUGAGCCACAUGGGGUUAAGGUGCCCCUUGAGCUGGGGUAGUUGGAAGGAGCCAGGGCUGUGGGGUAGCAGGCACCCUUUAGGUGGAGGCUCUCUCUUUUUUUGGUAGAAAUGAAGGGGUGGGUCUAUGGUACAUCACCUGAGUUGUGGGGUAAAUGUAGAGAGUGUCAAUCAAAGGCAGAGCUCAGAGCUGGGAAGGAGCUCUAGAUGGCGGCUGUGCCUUAGAGAGAGCGCGCUCAGCUCCGUGCCUUCCCCAACACUUUACGCAACUUUCCCUAACUUUCAGGCAGCCUCAGGGGGCCCCCACAGCCCCUUGCCUCUCCUAGGCACUAAUCGGGGGCCGAGCGGACCUUUUUCGGGCAGAAAAGCAGCUUUUGAGGGCUCCCUUUUCGUGCCUUGCUGGAAAGAAGAAGCCGUGGAGAGAGCCCAGGUCGUUGUUUUUCCAGCUUAGAAGCCAUGGCGUACCUCCAUUUUUGUGCGCUCUCCUAAUGAGCUUUUUCCCCCGGACAUUUUUAUACUAAUUACCGCUUCUUUUGCUUUAUCGGCAGCAUAUUUUUGGGAUUAGAAUAUAUAUUUUUUUUUCAUUUUCUGAAAUUUGUAUUUUAUCGGUAUAAUUCUAAAUAUUUUGGAUCUAAUGUUUUUCCACUACCCGAAACUAAUAUCGACUUGGUCCUGGCGGCGGUGCAUGGAUCAGUAAAUACCUGGGCACAGGACUUCAAAGCAAACAGACACCCCUGACCCCCUUUUAAUAUUUAAGAAUAAAAAGAUGAUGAGAAAUAAGGACAAAAGCCAAGGAGAGGAGGGUUCAGUCCACAGCAAUGCAUCGAGUCACUCGGCAUCCGAAGAAGCCUCUGGCUCUGACUCUGCAAGCCAGUCUGAAAGUGAGCAGGGCAGCGAGUCAAACAGCAGCUCCGAGUCCUCUGAGAGUCAGUCUGAAUCCGAAAGUGAAUCAACGGGUUCCAAAUCCCAGCAGACCCCUCCUGAAACCAAAGAAAAACCAGCCUCUAAGAAGGAAAGGAUAGCAGAUGUUAAAAAGAUGUGGGAAGAAUAUCCUGAUGUUUAUGGGGUUAGGAGGUCAAACCGAAGCAGACAAGAACCGUCACGAUUUAAUAUAAAAGAUGAGGCAAGUAGCGAAUCUGAAAAUGAGAGCCCCAAAAGAAGACGCCAGAAGCAAUUAAAAAGAAAAAUUAAAUGGAAAAGAGAGGUCUCUGCUGGAGAAGAGGAUGAAGAUGGAGGGGAGCAUGGCACCAGUGGAGAGAGUGAGCCUGAACCGAAGAAAAUUAAAGCAAGAAGACCUGUCCAGAGGAGAACAGUGGCCAAAGCUGGUGUCAAAAAGCCCCACAAAAUCCAGCGUGGGAAGAGGAAGAAACCAGACUCAUCUGAAGAUGAUGAUGAUGAUGAAGAUGAUGAGACCCCCAAGAGACAAACUCGGCGAAGAGCAGCCAAAAAUGUCAGCUACAAAGAGGAUGAUGAUUUUGAGACGGAUUCUGAUGACCUGAUAGAGAUGACUGGGGAAGGAGCUGAUGAACAACAAGACAACAGUGAAACUAUUGAGAAAGUCUUGGACAUCAGGCUUGGAAAAAAGGGAGCCAUCGGAGCUUCCACCACGGUGUACGUGACCGAGGCCAACGGCAACCCCAGCGCCGACUUCGACCCCGAGAAGGAUGAGGGGGAAGUUCAGUACUUGAUCAAAUGGAAAGGCUGGUCAUACAUCCACAGCACGUGGGAGAGCGAGGAGUCCUUGCAGCAGCAGAAAGUGAAGGGCCUGAAAAAGCUAGAAAACUUCAAGAAAAAAGAGGAGGAGAUCAAGCAAUGGCUGGGCAAGGUAUCACCUGAAGAUGUAGAAUAUUUCAACUGCCAACAAGAGCUGGCUUCAGAGCUGAACAAACAGUAUCAGAUAGUGGAGAGGGUAAUUGCUGUGAAGACCAGCAAGUCUGCCACGGGACAUUCAGAUUUCCCAGCAAACAGUCGUAAAACUUCCUCGAAUGACCCUGAGUACCUGUGUAAGUGGAUGGGGCUGCCCUAUGCCGAGUGCAGCUGGGAAGAUGAGGCUCUGAUCAGCAAGAAAUUUCAGCACUGCAUUGACAGCUUCAACAGCCGUAACAACUCCAAGACGAUUCCCACCCGGGACUGCAAGGUGUUGAAGCAGAGGCCGAGGUUUGUUGCCUUGAAGAAGCAGCCCUCAUACAUUGGUGGGGAGAACCUGGAGCUGCGGGAUUACCAGCUGGAGGGCCUCAACUGGCUUGCUCACUCCUGGUGCAAGAACAACAGCGUGAUCCUGGCUGAUGAAAUGGGACUGGGCAAGACGAUUCAGACAAUUUCAUUCCUGUCAUACCUGUUCCAUCAGCACCAGCUGUACGGCCCUUUCCUGGUGGUCGUGCCCCUGUCCACCCUCACCUCCUGGCAGAGGGAGUUUGAAGUGUGGGCACCUGAGAUAAACGUGGUGGUUUACAUUGGAGACCUGAUGAGCAGGAACAUGAUACGUGAAUACGAAUGGAUCCAUUCUCAGUCUAAAAGAUUGAAAUUCAAUGCACUUAUCACAACUUAUGAGAUCCUUCUGAAGGAUAAGACUGUUUUGGGAAGCAUUAACUGGGCCUUUCUAGGCGUGGACGAAGCCCAUCGGCUGAAAAAUGACGACUCCUUGCUGUACAAAACACUGAUUGAUUUCAAGUCCAACCACAGGCUGCUGAUCACUGGCACCCCGCUCCAAAACUCACUCAAGGAGCUCUGGUCCCUGCUGCACUUCAUCAUGCCAGAGAAGUUUGAGUUCUGGGAGGAUUUUGAGGAGGAUCACGGGAAAGGUCGAGAGAAUGGCUACCAGAGCCUUCACAAAGUCCUGGAGCCAUUUCUCCUGCGCAGAGUGAAGAAGGAUGUGGAGAAAUCUUUGCCAGCCAAAGUGGAGCAGAUCCUGCGGGUGGAAAUGUCUGCUCUGCAGAAGCAGUAUUACAAGUGGAUUUUGACAAGAAACUACAAAGCUCUUUCAAAGGGAACAAGGGGAAGCACGUCUGGUUUCCUGAAUAUUGUGAUGGAAUUGAAAAAGUGCUGCAACCACUGCUACCUUAUCAAACCUCCUGAGGAAAAUGAGAGAGAGAAUGGCCUUGAGACCCUGCAGUCUUUGAUCAGGAGCAGUGGAAAGCUGAUUCUCUUGGACAAGCUGCUGACCAGGCUGCGGGAGAGAGGCAACAGAGUGCUGAUCUUCUCCCAGAUGGUGAGGAUGCUGGACAUCUUGGCAGAGUACCUGACUAUCAAACACUACCCUUUUCAGCGCUUGGACGGCUCGAUCAAGGGGGAGAUCCGAAAGCAGGCGCUGGAUCACUUCAACGCCGACGGCUCCGAGGACUUCUGUUUCUUGUUGUCAACACGAGCUGGAGGGCUGGGAAUUAAUUUGGCCUCUGCUGAUACUGUUGUUAUCUUUGACUCGGACUGGAACCCCCAAAAUGAUCUUCAGGCUCAGGCCCGAGCUCAUCGGAUUGGACAAAAGAAGCAGGUGAAUAUUUACCGCCUGGUCACAAAGGGGACAGUGGAGGAGGAGAUCAUUGAGAGAGCCAAGAAGAAGAUGGUGCUGGAUCAUUUGGUUAUCCAGCGUAUGGACACCACUGGCCGGACUGUUCUGGACAACAACUCUGGGAGAUCCAACUCAAAUCCCUUCAACAAAGAGGAGCUGACAGCUAUUUUGAAGUUUGGAGCUGAAGAUCUUUUCAAGGAGCUUGAAGGGGAAGAGUCAGAGCCUCAGGAGAUGGACAUCGAUGAGAUUCUGCGUCUGGCUGAAACACGGGAGAAUGAGGUGUCCACCAGUGCCACCGACGAGCUGCUCUCACAGUUCAAGGUUGCCAACUUUGCAACCAUGGAGGAGGAAGAGACAGAGCUGGAUGAGCGGUCCCAGAAGGACUGGGAUGAUAUCAUUCCAGAAGAGCAGAGGAAAAAGGUGGAGGAGGAAGAAAGGCAGAAAGAAUUGGAGGAAAUCUACAUGCUGCCUCGAAUCCGGAGCUCAACUAAAAAGGCUCAGACAAAUGACAGUGAAUCUGAUGCAGAGACCAAGAGAAGGCUUCAGAGAUCAUCUGGAUCAGAAAGCGAGACUGACGAUACCGACGACGAGAAGAGACCGAAGCGCAGGGGACGCCCUCGGAGUGUUAGAAAAGACACUGUGGAAGGAUUUACUGAUGCUGAAAUCAGGAGGUUUAUCAAGGCGUACAAGAAGUUUGGACUGCCUCUGGAACGGCUGGAGUGCAUUGCCCGGGAUGCUGAGCUGGUGGAUAAGUCUGUGGCUGACCUGAAGCGGUUAGGGGAGCUCAUCCACAACAGUUGUGUGUCAGCAAUGCAGGAAUAUGAGGAGCAGCUGAAGGAAAAUCCAGCAGAAGGGAAAGGACCUGGAAAGAGACGAGGUCCUACCAUCAAGAUUUCUGGUGUCCAAGUCAAUGUGAAGUCCAUCAUCCAGCAUGAAGAGGAGUUUGAAAUGCUGCACAAAUCCAUUCCCUCGGAUCCAGAGGAAAGGAAGAAGUACCGCCUGACGUGCCGUGUCAAAGCUGCUCAUUUUGAUGUAGACUGGGGAGUGGAGGAGGAUUCUCGCUUGUUAGUGGGAAUUUACGAGCAUGGUUAUGGAAACUGGGAGCUAAUUAAAACAGAUCCGGAGUUGAAGUUAUCUGAUAAGAUCCUACCUGUUGAGACAGAUAAGAAACCUCAGGGAAAACAGCUCCAGACCCGAGUUGAUUAUCUAUUGAAACUGCUGAAAAAGGAUCUGGACAAGAAAGAAAACAUGAAAGAUGGGGAAGAGGGCAAGCUAAAGAAGAGGAAACCACGAGUAAAGAAAGAGAACAAGGCUCCCAAAGUCAAAGAUGAGCAUGGGAAUGAACUCUCCUCUCCUCGGCACUCAGACAACCAGUCAGAAGAAGGUGAAGUCAAGGAGGAUGGCCUGGACAAGAGCCCAGUGAAAAAGAAACAGAAGAAGAAAGAGAACAAAGAGAACAAGGAAAAACAGACAUCCUCUAAGAAAGAAAAGGAAAGCGAUAAAGAGAAAAAGAAGACAAAAGACAAGAAAGAGAAGCCCAAAGGUGGCGAGGCCAAAUCUGGAAGUAAAGGGAAGAGAUCGCAAGGCCCCGUCCACAUCACUGCAGGGAGCGAGCCAAUCCCCAUUGGAGAGGAUGAGGAUGAUGAUCUGGACCAAGAAACAUUCAGCAUAUGCAAGGAAAGAAUGAGACCAGUCAAAAAAGCACUGAAGCAACUUGAUAAGCCUGAUAAGGGACUGACAGUUCAAGAACAGCUGGAACACACGCGCAACUGCCUCCUAAAAAUUGGUGAUCGCAUCUCUGAGUGCCUUAAAGCCUACACUGACCAGGAUCACAUCAAGCUAUGGAGAAGGAACCUAUGGAUAUUUGUGUCAAAAUUCACAGAAUUUGAUGCCAGAAAACUACACAAACUCUACAAGAUGGCUCAUAAGAAAAGAUCACAGGAAGAGGAGGAGCAGAAGAAGAAGGAGGACAUGUCCAGCAUGAAGAAGCCGUUCCGCCCAGAGCCUUCAGGCUCCAGCCGCGAUUCUGUGAUGUCCCAGUCUCACAUGCCUCACAAUCCUCAUUCCCAGAAGAUCCACAUGCCCCCUUCCCACACCCAGCAGCAGAUGCACGGGCACCCACGGGACAACUACGGCCAUCCAAACAAGAGACAUUUCAGCAACACAGACCGAGGAGACUGGCAGAGGGAUCGAAAGUUCAACUACGGCGGCAACAGCAACCAGAUGUGGGGCGGGGAGCGGCACCACCAGUACGAGCAGCACUGGUACAAGGACCACCACUACGGGGACCGGCGGUCGCGGGGGGAUCCCCACCGGAGCUCCGGGAACUACAGACCAAACAACCUCUCCCGCAAGAGGCCCUACGAGCAGUACAACAGCGACCGAGACCACAGAGGCCACCGCGACUACUACGACAGGCACCACCACGAUUCCAAACGGCGGCGGUCCGACGACUUCAGGCCUCAGAACUACCACCAGCAGGAUUUCCGGCGGAUGUCUGACCACAGGCCGCCCAUGGGGUACCAUGGCCAGGGACCUUCGGACCACUACCGGUCCUUCCACACAGACAAACUGGGGGAUUACAAACAGCCCCUCCCUCCAUCUCACCCUGCAGUGUCGGACCCUCGCUCGCCCCCCUCUCAGAAGUCCCCCCACGAUUCCAAGUCACCUCUCGAUCACAGGUCACCUCUGGAUAGGUCAUUGGAACAGAAAAACAAUCCAGAUUAUAACUGGAACAUUCGGAAAGCGUAAAGUGACUGAGAGGGGGAAGCGCACGUCUGAUAUACUGGGAUCGAUGCGACGGUGGCUGCUUUCUCCAGGCCAGCAACGAGAAAUUCUGAACAUGCUGCUAUCAUCUGGCUGGGUCAAGGAGGAUUUUGGGGGAGUGGGCGGAGGAAGAUUUUUCCCUAGUUCUUGAUUCUGGUUUAGAUUCCCAUUUCCUUUCCCCUUUUUUACCAUUGAACUGUUCUGUCAUGGAACCAGCCUUGCUGCCUCGUUCUUUGUUUUGUUUUUGUUUUCCUCAGUCCAAUGGACCCAAGGGAAUUUUCCCCAGCCAGUGUUUCCUCAGAAGGAGAAGGCAGAUUGAUGCUGCAGAAGGCUGUGUGCCUGCUCUGACUUGAUGUUACGUGACAGAUGCUGCUUUGGGGUUGGGGAAGAACUGGUUGGGCUGGGAUUUGUGUGUCACCAGCAUGGGGCAAUGGGAGGAUAUACUCAAGGAGGGACAGGAAAGUCCCUCAGCAGCCAAACUUGGUUGAAAGAGGGACUUGAUGUCCCUGAAGAAUGACUCCAAAGGAGCUGGAGCCAUGCUGGUGCCAAUCCAUCACUUUCCUGGCCAUGUUAUCAUUUCCAUGUCUUUAUCCAUUUCAAGAAACUGGCUCUGCUUUGAUUGCUGUUGUGUCCCCUUCAACAGAAGAGGUGGGGAGCUCUUCCUCCCAUCUCCAGAUCUGGAACUUGCAAAUCUUGUGGGGGUAAGCGGGAACUGGGAUAUGGGAAAAAAAUGCCAACCUCCUUAGCAAAGGCUUAGUUCACUUCUAACCAGCAGGAAAGAAAUUGGGGUGAGAACAGUAUUUCCCAGUAGACAGGGCUCAGGAAUUCAUAAAAAAACUCUUCUCUUCUGGCUUGGGCAGCUUGGGUGGUCCAGGAACUAACAGAUAGUGGCUGGGAGGUGCAAGAUCAAAAGAUGGCUCUGGGCAUCCUGGAACUUCUAAUCUUCCUGCCACUAGAGUCUCUGGUCUUUAGGGAAAUCAUUUCUCUCUGUGCUUCACAAAGCAGUGAUCACAAACCUUUACUGUAACUGAAGGAUAAUGGAUGGUAGAACAAAGUGAAAUAAGAAUCCAGUGGAGUGAUCACAGUUCAGGGAAUGGUCACAUUCCUGCCACUUUUCCAGCAGUCAGCAGUGACUCUGAAUUGCUAAAAGUAUCUGCACUUACAGACCUUUUAUUUGUCUAAAUUGGAAUUGAACCUGAGGACUUAGCACCUCAGUGAGCAGGGAGAGAAUGAGGAAUUCAGGACUGAUCUGUAAAGAUCCUUGGGGCAAAUGUCUUAGAGCCCAGCAUGGCAGAGGGAAGAGAGGAAUGUGCAGCCCAGCUCAGUGGACUUGAGGGCAAACACUGAAGGUAUUCAAACCACAGCAUUUGAUGCUAACCAGCAUCUGGCCUGGACACUGGUGUGGUGAGAGGGGUUGGUUGUGCACAUACUGCUGGCCAGAAGCACCUUGGGUGAUUAUUUUUCAGGCUGGAGUUCCCUGGAGACCCCAAAGCUCUCCCAAGAGCCAGGCUUUCCCCAGCGUGGUGUCUGGGGCUGCAUCACUACCCUGAGCUCAGUAGUAAAGACCAGGCAGUUCCAGACUCCUCUUUGGUGGGGCACAGAAGCUGAGCCUCCAUUAAGAUGCCAGUAUUUGACCCUAAUAAGCUGUGAUGUCCCUUCCCCAAAAGACUGAGGGCAGGUGGGUGUUCAGGGCUGGCUUCCUGACUCCAGCCAGUGCCUGGGAGGGCACAUGCAAACUGACACUAAUAAUUCUCCAUGCAGUAUAUCCCUGGAAAUCUGCUGCCAUCGCUCCUCCCGAUCCCGCUGCUCUAAGGGGGACACACGGGAAGUGUUUUGUUCCCCUUUUGUUUUUAUGUUGCAAGAUUUCCACCAAAUUCAGGGCAGUUUUCCUUCCUUAGGGGCACUUGCUGCCCUGAUAAAGUGUUACACUUGUGUUUACCUGUGCAGGGUGAGGUGAAGGCAAGUCUUCCACAGUCCCCUUCUGUGGUGGGGUGGAAGGUGUGGAGAGAGCAUGUUUCCCACUAAGCUGUGAUUGCAGGCUGUGGUAUUCAACAAAGAAGUCCUUUCUUUUCAGAGGUAUUAGCUUUUAAUGUGAAAAUGGAAGCAAGCUUGGAGGGGCAAAGUGAAUUGCUCUUUUUGUCACAGCGUGGUGCUGUCAUGGUGGGAAGUUCGUGCCAUACUCAUGUAGCAAAGGCAAUACCGGCCAACCAGUGCUAGGUUGGUGCAGGAAAACUUUGGAUCCCAGCAAGAGGCAUUUUCUGUGUUGAGAUGUGGGGGUUUCUGCUUAUCCCAGGUUCCAGGCACGAGGUUGGUUGGGAUUUCCUUCUUGUGCAACAGCAAAAGCUUUACCCAUAUGCACUGGAGAUCUGUCCCCACUGUCACUUUAGCCUGAUGUUGGUGUCACAUCAUGUCCACUCAUGGUGGGUGAGUCUUUGCUGCGUUUGGCUUUAGUGAAGCUGGAGAAGGAGAUUUGGGAGAAAGUCUUCCCUGAGCACACACACACUUAUGCAUUUUAUGUCCCCUCAGCAUAGGGACCAUAACCAAACACAAUCAUGGGGACUGAGUGGGAUCAGAGGGGGCACAUCCACAGCCAUAAACUUCCCUGUGGUGUUUGUGUCAGCAGCUGGUACAGCUCCUCCUUGCGCACCAGCUGUGAGAUUCCCUCCAGCCUCUUUGCAGGAAAAAAGCAGUAACUUGCUGGGCUUCAAUUAAAAAAAAAAAAUAAAAAAUAGUUUUUCAGCUUUCAAAGAGGUCGGUUUGACCUCUUUGGAAAUGGUGUAGUAAUGAGUUCACACGGUGGAAAUCCUGCAGACCAAAACCUGCUGUGGGGACAGGCGACGUGGUCCCAACCAAAAUGGACACGGAACCGAGUGCUGAAGUGUUUGAGUGAACGGUUUGUGAUCCACACAAAAAUAUUAUUCUGCUUUUACCCGUUUCCUCCCCACCUCUGCCUCCCCUCUGGGGAGAGAAGGACUCUUACUGUAAAAAUACGGACUUUUAAACCUGUUGACUAAAAACAGUAAUUAAUAUUAAUUUAUAUUUGUGAAAGAAAUGCCACUGUCCUAGUGAUUUCUGAUGUAAAUAUGUUGUUUAUAUAGUAUGUAUGAAAUUUUCCUACAUUGUAAAACUGCUGUACUUUUGAUUCUUGUAUAUUAAAAAGUGUUACUGAGAUUUUCA